CCUCACCUUCCAAUCCUCCUCUCCGGUCCUCUAUAUAUGUAAUUAAACCAGCAGCAUUGCAGAUUUGAGACCCCAUCAACAUUUCUCUUAAACCUUAAUCUGUGUUUCUUUCUUGUUUCAAUGGCGACUGCGCCAGUUAAAUCACCUUUACACAACUUCCCCAUGACUUUUCUCAAAUGGGGUUCAAAAAAAGAUGGUAGAUAUCGUCGAUCACCGUUUGAUUCUCCAUCACAAUCAUCAGAUUCUGAACCUCCAGCAAAUUUAAACUCUAAGGGAUCUCGUUCUUCUCGCAACCGCCGCAACAACAUCAACAACACCAACAACAAGAAUAACAGUCCAGAAAAAACUCAUGAUCAUGAGCAAAAAGAUGAUAAGGAUUCUAGUAAGAAACCAGUAGAAGGAGAAGUUGAUGUUGGUGAAGAAAAAGGAUGGAAUUUGCGCCCAAGAAAAGGAGUUACGUCUGGUAAUACCAAUAAUCAUGGGAUAGUAUUGGUUGAAAAUGGUGAUAAUAAUGUCUCAAAAUCAAUGAGAUUAAGAGGAGGAUUAGAUAUUAAAGAUGUUAAUGGUGGAAAUGGAAGUGAAAAAAGGGAGAAAAAGAAGUUUUGGAUAGCUUUAUCAAGAGAAGAGAUUGAAGAAGAUGUUUAUUCUAUGACUGGUUCUAAACCUUCUCGUCGUCCUCGAAAACGUCCUAAGAUUGUUCAAAAACAAUUGGAUAAUGUGUUUCCUGGUUUAUGGUUGGUGGGGAUUUCUCCUGAAGCUUAUCGUAGUCUUGAUGUUCCUCCUAAGAGAUAGAUAUGGAAAAAACACAUAGUAGAUUCGCUGAAUUUAUGUUUUGGGAAAGAAGGUGCAUAGAAUUGGAAACUGUGACCUUUGAUUCUUUUGAAGGCUUGUUAGUUGUGUUGUUCUGUUGUUGAUUUGGAGGUAUGAUUCACUGUAAAGAAGGGUGUUUUUUUGGGUAUUGGUUUAUUUUGGUGGCUAUAUAGAAGAAGGAUGUUCCUCAUUGACUUUUUUGGUUCACAUUUUGAUAUACAGAUAGCUAGGGGCCUAGGACUAGGGCUUGUGUUAGGGCUUUGGUUGGGGGUUAAUUUAGCUUUAUAUUAGGUUAGUUCUUAUGAUAUUUGGGUACCUUGAGCUGUAAUCUCAGAUGCUUGGUUUUAUAAUGAAAUGAUAGUGGUUUAAUAGUUUCAA